CGCUUUGAAAUUUUAUGGGUGCGUUCCUGCUUAAUGCGUUUGUCAGAAAUCGAAUUCUCUGAAUAAUCGAGGUAGUCUUGUCUGUUUGAGUUUGAACCGUUUGAAAUCGCUUUAACCAUCAGACAUGGAAGAUGUGGAGAGCCAUUGUUUCAUCCGUCUUGUCCAUACUUCAACAACUUUCCACUAUGAGAGAACUGGGGCAAACUCAAGCUCUUAUCACCAAAACAGGUCUCACUGGGUACCCUUCAGUUAUUGCCAAAUUCAUCACCUUCUCUGCUUUAUCGACCUCAGGAAGCCUUGCAUAUGCCAGGGCUAUCUUCGAGGAAACCACCAUGGAAGAUACCUUCCUUUGCAAUACCAUGCUCAGAGCUUACUCUCAGAGCAUCUUUCCAAUUGAAGCCAUCUUUCUCUACAACCAAAUGCAACGUAUGAACGUCACGUCCGAUCAUUUCACUUACCCAUAUGUUCUUAAGGCCUGUGCUAGAGUUUUUCCUAGGAGGGAAGAGGACGAGAAGCUUUACGGGUUCGAAAUUUCUGUUAAAGGAGCUGAGAUUCAUGGUAGGGCCCUUCAGACAGGCUUUGUCCUUGAUCAUUUUGUCCAGAAUUCGUUAAUUCAUUUAUAUUCCCAUCUUGGGUUCCUUGAUCUUGCACGCCAGGUGUUUGAUGAAAUGGAGGAGAAGACAGUUGCUUCAUGGAAUACCAUGAUUGCAGCAUAUGAUCGGAUAAAUGAUUUUGAGUCAGCAGAUUUGCUGCUGCAUUCGAUUCCUGUUAAAAAUGUGGUUUCUUGGAAUACCCUGAUUGCUCGUUAUGUCAAAUUAUGUAAUAUUGAAGCUGCAAGGAGGAUGUUUGAAGAAAUGCCUGAAAAGGAUGCUGUUUCUUGGAAUUCAAUGAUUGCUGGUUAUGUUCAGAGUAAAGAUUACAAUGGGGCACUGGAGCUCUUUCGUCAAAUGCAGGCUUGUAGGGUUGAAGCAACAGAUAUAACACUCACAUCUGUUCUUGGGGCAUGUGCAGAAAUGGGAGCACUGGGCUUCGGAAGGGAGAUUCAUGAGCUAUUGAAAAGACAAGAGUUUAAGAUUGAAGGGUUCUUAGGGAAUGCUCUGCUGGAUAUGUAUGCAAAGUGUGGGAGCUUGAAUUUUGCUUGGGAGGUUUUCGAUGGGAUGAAGAUGAAGCAUGUAAGUUGUUGGAACUCGAUGAUUGUGGCUUUGGCUGUUCAUGGUUACUGUGAGGAAGCACUGGAGUUGUUUUCAACCAUGGAGAUGAGAUUUGAUGAGGUUAGGCCCAACCGCAUCACCUUUAUUGGUGUUCUGAUUGCCUGUAGCCAUAAAGGCCUGGUUGAAGAGGGUCGUCAAUAUUUUGCCCGUAUGAUUGGGGAGUACAAGAUCAGGCCUGAUAUUAAGCAUUAUGGAUGCAUGGUUGAUCUUCUUAGCAGAUGUGGUUUGCUGGAUGAAGCAUAUCACAUUAUCAAAACAAUGCCAUUUGAUGCUAACUCUGUCCUCUGGCGAACAUUGCUGGGUGCUUGCCGGAACUAUGGGCAUGUCGAGUUGGCAGAGGAAGCCUUUCGAAGGCUUGCUGUGCUGGAGCCUCUUAGAGAUGGAGAUUGGGUUUUGUUAUCAAAUACUUAUGCUGAAGCCAAGAGAUGGGAUGAUGUUGAAAGAGUGAGGAAUGAGAUGAUUGGAUUAAGGAUCUUGAAGAAACCUGGAUCAAGCCAAAUUGAGGUGAAAUGAUUAAAUGGAUUCUGCAGUUCCAUUACUGGAUUGGCAGAAUUUCUGUUACAUGGGAAUGGGAGCAAUGUGAUUGUCCUGUUUGGGCAAUGCAGUGCAUUGGAUUGUCUUGCUAAGUCUAUUUUGGCUUCAUAAACCUGAACUCUAAACCGCUAUGGUUGUCAUACCAUGGAAGGUAGCAGUGAUCCAGUUCAUGAGUGAUCGAAGCUCUUCAGCAUCCAUGUUUAUUUAUUCUCCUUGCAGUAUCCAGUUAGACAAGU